AUGGUCAUCGAGAAUAUUCAGGGCCAUGAUGUCUCGGAAGAGAUGAUCGCUCAAGCGGCUGAGCUCUUUUCCUCUGACUAUGGAAUCUGGGGUCCUCUUGCUGAAGAGAAAAUGGGCACAUUUGGCAGAUUCUGCAAGCCGGGACGCCCCGUGAAGAUGUCGAAAACCCGCCUUCGUGAGCAGUCUCUUGCUCCGGGAACUGACAGCGUUCUGGUGCGCGCUACGGUCGACAGCAAACUUGUAGGACACGCCUUUGCAACUUUCUGGGACUAUGAGGGCCGCAAAAUCGGCUGGAUCACUCAACUAUGUGUCGGUCGGGAUUUCAGGCGCAACGGGCUGGCUACAAAGAUCUUAUUCCAUUUGCGCGAAAACGAGCACGACCGUAGUUUCGGAAUUCUCUCUUCUCAUCCUGCUACUAUCCGUGCCACUCUGCGAGCCUUCGGACAUGGGAUCGAGAAGGUGGAUUUGAGCGGGAUCAAGGAGCUUGUACCAGCCAUUAUGAAGUCAUCCCCAGUUCCUUACGUCAAGAUGGCUAGACCUACGGGCUCCUUGUUUGAUCAGGGUGAUCAGACAGGUGCUGUUUGCUGCGCUGACACUGCAUUCUGGGUUGAUCAUGCUGAGCCCCUGGCUGCGCUGAAUGUCAUCAAGGAAGACGGUAUAAAGUGGCCGUUUGGAGACUUGCCUGACGGCUGCGAGUUCUUGGCCUUUGUCAGUAGAUCUUCUGUUACAUGA